AUGUUCCUAAGCCGCCGUAUCCAUCAAGCUUACUCCACCAACCAUAUCCUAAAGGCUAUAAGGCACCCAACUUCGUCUUUUUCGACGGAAGGAAAGGAAGCCCGAAUGAGCAUGUCAAUCGUUUCAUUGAUGCUUUGGGACCACAUGCUGGUGAUUAUAAUCUCUAGCUCCGAGAGUUUUCAAAAAGCCUUACCAAUCGUGCUAUACGUGGUACACGACAUUGGCACUAGGCUCCAUUCGCUCUGGGGAAGAUUUGGCAGGUUCUGGGACCUGGCUCUAGAUUGCUGUGAUGAGAAGGAUGAAGAAGCGCUUGUCGAAAUUUGCAUCAGCAACAUCGUGGUAGAUUACAAUGUCUGUCUGGAAAAUAUUGGCAUCAGCCUAUUUUCUCGGCUACUGGAAGCAGUGAGGAAAAUAAGCAUGUCGGUGAAACUAACUAGGCAAGAAGCUUGGAGGAGUGAAGAGACAGAAGCACACUAG